GUCCACUCACUUCGAGGAAGAAGAGAGGAACUUGAGAACUUUUACUGAAUUCAACAACCAAAAACACCCAAAAUGGGGCAAGCCUCAAGCUCCAGAAGAGACGCAAGUCCUUCUAGAGAGAGUACUCUACCCGAGGCAAGACCAUCAGGCCAUCCAAGUGGAGAGGGCAGUUUUGUGAUUUCGUCUUUCCAUAUCCCAUACCAAGACAUUCCAGAUAUAUCAAAACCUAUUGAAAAUUGGUUGUCAAUGGAUAGCAAAUCAAGAGAAAAGCAGGUUCUCCAUGCAAAGCAUUGUAUAUUGACCCCAUACUUCCUCUUCAGUAAAGAGGAUGAGAACGGUGGAAAGGUGGUAACCUGGUUACAGCAAAAACAGCUAAUACCAAAACAAAGCGAACUGUUAUCUGACAAGCAUAUCAGUGUUGCCGACUGUGCAGAAGAAGCAGUGGAUAUGAUUCUUUCACUUAUGAAUUCUCCUUGUUUUCUUUAUGAUGUCUUCCAUGUAGUAGAACAGACAAAAGAGUGUCAUUUAUUGUCUGAUGCACUGAAUAUGGCCAAGAAUUGCCAACUUAUUGAUGUGCUUUUGAAGAAGUUUUCAAACUUCCUUCCAAGUAACAAGCUCCCAAGGGAUGACACUGGAUUGAUCAUUCUAGUUUUAUUAAAUCAAGCAAUGAAUCAUAUUCAGAAGGUUGGAGAUCAGACUGAUGCAUUUGAACAGCUUGUGAAAGACAACAACGGGAGAUGUGAUGAACUGAAGCUGAAAGGCAAUGGGUUGUUCAAUGCUAAGAAGUACAACAAAGCAUGUUCAUAUUACAGUCAGGCCAUCAAGCUAAGGCCUUUUGAUGCUGUCCUGUACGGGAAUAGAGCACAGAGCUACCUGAGUGCUGCAAAAUAUAGAGAAGCUCUCUCAGAUGCAAGAAGAGCAAUCUGUUUGAAUCCGUCUUGGGACAAGGGCUAUUUUCGGUAUGCUAAGGCAUAUUACCACUUGGGCUUUUACGACAAGGCUAUUGCAAUCAACCUACAGGCACAGAAGAAGUGCAGCCAGACAGGAGAGCUGGUCCAGCAAGCAAUCCUGUUUAGUAAAGGCAGAAGCUGUAGUCCUUCUUCCCAACCCACUAGCAAACGACAGCGUAUAUCCAGUGUCGAAGCACAAAUUUCACCCCUUGUUUCUGAUGAAGACGAAGGAGACUACUCUGAUUUACCAGAGUUAAUAAUGGAUGAUAGUGAAGAAGAACUGGAUGAACCAGGUCCUUCAGCAAAUAAAGACAAAGCUUCUAGCACCAUUAAAACAUCAAGGAUUACGGCUAUCAAAUCAGAAGACACCAUGAACUGCAAAAGAGUCCAGUGUUUGUGCAGCCGUUGCAUUCCAAGAACCACAUUGAAUAGAAAACUAAAGAGAACAUCUGACACUAUGCACAAUCAUCCUGGAGAUGAUGAUGAUGAUCACAAUCAUGAUGAUGACUGUAGUAAUAAAUAUAGACAAAAUAACAGACAAAUAUCAAAAAUGUAUCAAGGAAAAAAUCCCAGUCAUUCAGGAGCAAAGUCAAAUGAAGCUUGUGCUUCAUCAAGUAUCCAUCACCAUUAUAAGGAUCACGAUGAUGAUGAAUGCUGUACGGGUUGUGAAGUUACAAGAAAAACGGACAAAGAUAUUGAAAGUACCGCAACGUCACAUGGAGAGCUGUCUGGUAUAUUUUCAAUUAAUCAUCAUCACAUGUAUCAUGAUUCUGAUGAUGCAAGAGACUUUAAGAUUCAAGGGAGAUUGGGCAAUAGCGAUGCUCAAAAGAAAUCUAAGAAGACAUUGAUUAAGAAGGAUUUGAAGAGUGAUGACAAGAAUCACUUACUGUCAUCGUUAGAUAAUGGGAGUGAAUCUUCUUCCUCAAGUACACUUAACACUCUGAGCAGCUCUACAAAUGUGGUAUCUAGUAAUCACAACAUGUGUGAUGAUUCUGAUGGAUGUGAAUGUGAAAGUUGUUCAAGCAGCUUGGGGGUACAGGGAAAGAAUAAGCCCACAAGUAGUGCUCAGGCUGGCCUACAAUCCAACAAUGAUAUCAAUAAUGACAGUCAUUCUAGAGAUGAUUAUGAUGAGCAUGAGUGCAUAUGUGGGUUAUGCCCUGUUAAUGGUGAUGAUGAUGAUGAAUGGGAAGACAUAGAUGAUGAUGAUGAUCACAGUUUUUCAGACAUGG